GUUACGCACCGAGAAGACUCUUUGUUAAGCUGCCAAAAGAAAAAAAGAAAAAAGAACUUUGAAGUUUUCUCUUUUUUUAAAAAAACUUAAAGGAGGCAGGACAACUGUGAACAUCGCUCUAUCCUGUCAAGCAUUUGGAUUUAACUUAAAAGAGCGACUUUGGAGAAACAUCACUGGUGUUUCACUCGGGCAGACUGAGAGCUGAGCACUUCUUGCCUACUCAAACAACCCUCUGAACCUCACCUGUACGUCUCUUGUCUGCGCGGCACCCGGUGCUCCCCAGGCUGCCAAGAAAGCGGGCACAGCGCCAUGGUAACUCACAGCAAGUUUGACUCCGUGAUGAGCUGCAGCCCCUUGGACUCCAACAUGCGGCUGUCUUACCAUUACAAAACGUUCACCUGCAACAACCAGUAUCAGAUGGUCCUGUCCACACUUCAAAAGCUCCAGGAGAGUGGCUUCUACUGGAGCACCAUCACUGGCAGGGAUGCCAAUACCAUGCUGGCGAAUGAGAAGGUUGGCACUUUUCUGAUCCGUGACAGCUCUGACAACCAACACCUGUUCACCCUCAGUGUCAAGACAGCAUCGGGCACCAAGAACCUUCGUAUCGAAUGUGACAUGAACUCUUUUUACCUGCAAACUGACCCUAAAAACAUUCAGUCUGUUCCCCACUUUGACUGUGUCCUCAAGCUGGUUAAUUUCUACAUGGGUCAAAAUAAAGGGAACAUCCACAGUGGGAAUAUCUACUACAUUUACUCCAGUGGGCAGAAGAUCCCUCUGGAGCUCAUCAAACCUCUCUCCUACUGCUUGUCCACCUUGCAGCAUCUGUGCAGGAAACAGUUAAUGGACAUUUGAGCAUUUCUUCUAAAAGAGAACAACUUCCUCGUAAUUUGAAGGACUUCCUUCAGGAGUAUGACUCUCCUAUCUAGUGGUGUUUAACUGAGCCUCAUAUAAAGAGUGUAAUGAAAAACCUGGUUGGUUUCAGUGCAGCUAUACAAAGUCGUGAGCUGCAUUUGAGGAGUAAUAAUGCAAGAAUCAAGCCCAGGACUGAGCUUGUGAAGAGGACCACAGUUGUACUGACAUGAUGCGUGUAGUUCUUACUAAAGACUUCUAGAAAGACACUGGAUUGAGGACCAAUCCACAAAGAGGGCCAAGAGAAUGAGAGCACUGCUUUAACCUGGUGUUAUGAAAGAGAGAUAACACCGCUAUCUCCCCUGCCUCACUGAUGACGUAAAACUUAGUGAAAACUGAAGUGAGGCUCAGAGUCAGCUGUCUACAGUGCAAUGACACAUAGGUUCCCUCUGCUGCUGCUGCUAACCAGUGUACUGUGAGGCUGUGUAGCUCAUACAUCAGCCUUAGAAAAUUAUCCACCAAUUACAGCUGGACUGACUUACUUUUUUUUUUCAAUCAGGCUAGCUUUGUUGUUGGAUGAUAAUCUUGGAUGUGUUAGCAUCCUGGGACCUCCGGCCAAGUGUUCGCUGGAAAUUCACAGACAAUGGAAAGUCAGAGUACAAAUAAGUGGACACUGAUUGGCUUCUGGGUGCAUUUGUGCAACAGCUUGUUUGGGAAAAGUUUUUUUUUUUUAUUUAAGUGUGAGAUGUAUCCAGAAUGGAAAAUGUAAAAAUUAUGUUUCAUGUCAAAUUUGCCAGAACAAGACCGAAUUUUUGUUGGAAGACUAACAAGGCUGAAUGAGAUUUUACUUGAGAAAGGGAUACUACUGCCGAGUAAAGCAAAUAAAAAGACACCCUUUCAUUGGCCCAAGUGGCGAGGAAAUAUGUAACAAGUGGUGUCUUAGUAUUUGUGGCGCAGGCAGGAUCAUUACUGCAUUCAAAUGAAUGUCAACAUCAUUUUCGUUAAAACCAUGUUUUUCAUAUGAGCUAAAAUGAAAUGGUUAACCUUUUCUUUUCUUUUUUUUCUUUUUUUUUGUGCUGUCUUUCAUAAAGAUGUAUUUUUGCCAGCCCAAACACUGGCUCGGGAUGCUUGAAGAUAAUUGAGAAGUUUGACGAAGCAAGCGGACUGAUACAACUUUGCACUUAUUUAUACGUGUACAAACUUUUCAUUAAUUUAUAAUAAAGAGUGAUAUUUUUUCUACAAAA